GGACUGAGGCUUUCGGGACGGCGGCGGGAAGAUGGCGGCCCCCAGGGCGCGGCUCGGAACCGUAGAGGCAGAGGGGAGCUCGGGUCGCCAGGAGAACUCGGGAGUCGAGGUGGUGGUUUCCUCCGAUCCUGCCCCGCCCGCCCCGCUGUGCCCUCACGGACCCACUCUUCUGUUUGUAAAGGCGAACCAAGGGAAAGAAGAAACACGGAGGUUUUAUGCCUGCUCAGCUUGUAGAGAUAGAAAAGAUUGUAAUUUUUUUCAAUGGGAAGAUGAAAAGUUGUCAGGAGCCAGACUUGCUGCCCGAGAAGCUCAUAACCGAAGAUGUCAGCCUCCUUUAUCCCGUUCGCAGUGUGUGGAAAGGUACUUGAAGUUUAUUGAGUUGCCCUUGUCUCAGAGAAAGUUUUGUCAAAGAUGUCAGCAGUUGCUGUUGCCAGAUGAUGAGGAAAAGCAUCACAAGCAUCAGAUAGUGGGUGAUAUUUCUAUCACCCAGUUAAAAAGGCCCAGUCAACUCCUUUAUCCAUUGGAAAACAAGAAGACAAAUGCCCAGUAUUUGUUUGCUGAUAGGAGCUGUCUGUUCUUGGUGGACCUACUCUCUACCCUUGGGUUCAGAAGAGUACUGUGUGUUGGGACACCAAGGUUGCAUGAGCUGAUCAGGUUGAAAGCAUCAGGUGACAAGAAGUCUAACAUUAAAAGCCUUUUAUUGGAUAUUGAUUUUCGGUAUUCACAGUUUUAUAUGGAAGAUAGUUUUUGCCAUUAUAACAUGUUUAACCAUCACUUCUUUGAUGGAAAGGCUGCCCUUGAAGUAUGCAGAACAUUUUUACAGAAAGAUAAAGGUGAAGGAGUCAUUAUGGUGACAGAUCCUCCUUUUGGUGGCUUGGUUGAACCUCUGGCUGUUACAUUCAAGAAGUUAAUUGCUAUGUGGAAAGAAGGUCAAAGCCAAGAUAACAGUCACAAAGAACUACCCAUAUUCUGGAUUUUUCCCUAUUUUUUUGAAUCCCGAAUUUGUCAGUUUUUCCCAAGCUUCUGCAUGCUGGAUUACCAGGUAGAUUAUGAUAAUCAUGCACUUUAUAAACAUGGAAAGACAGGACGGAAACAGUCUCCUGUGCGUAUUUUCACCAAUAUCCCACCCAACAAAAUAAUUCUUCCUAUUGAAGAAGGGUACAGAUUUUGCCCUCUGUGUCAACGAUAUGUGUCUCUAGAGAAUCAGCACUGUGAACACUGUAAUUCUUGCACAUCCAAGGAUGGCAGGAAAUGGAAUCAUUGCUUUCUCUGCAAAAAGUGUGUAAAGCCUUCCUGGAUCCACUGUAACAUUUGCAAUCACUGUGCUCUUCCAGAUCAUUCUUGCAACAGCCCUAAACAUGGCUGCUUUAUUUGUGGUGAAUUAGAUCAUAAACGGAGUACUUGUCCUAACAUCUGUACAUCUAAGAAAGUUAACAAGUAUUGUUUGCAUAGAUGGGGAGAGGGAGGAUAUGAAGGUGAGUCAAAGAGCUUAAAAUUUUACAGAGCUGUCAGAAAGCAGAAGCAAAGAAAGAGCAAUAAGAUGAAAAUGGAGACCACUAAAGGACAGUCCAUGAAUCAUACAUCUGUUACAAGGAAGAAGAAAAGAAGAGAAAGAGCUCAUCAAUAUCUUUGCUCUUAAAUGUCCAGUGGCUUGCGAAUAAGAAAGAUUUAUAGUCCAACCUUUGAUGCCAUUUUCUGAAAGUGCCUCACUGGACUUAAAUUCUGUCGCUUUCAAAGGUAUGCACCUCUCUAAGCUUGAAAGUAGGCAGGUGGUAUUUCCUGGUUUAUAGACCUCCUCACCCUCAGCAGCCCCUCUGGAGACCUUGGGAGUUGUUCCAUCCUUAGCUGGUUUGCUAGCUCUCAGUGCCUUUUUUCUCUCUUUAAAUCUCUUCCAGUCGUAUUAUUUUAGCCUCUUUUAUCUGAAAAAUGGGCAUAAAGCAUCCUUUUGCAGGAAGAAAGAAGAAAAUGAGAAUGAAAACCUGAGGUUUUGUUUACAUUGAACAUAAGAGUAUGUUAAGUUCGAUAUUUUAAAUAUUAAAGUAUAGUACAAUGGCUUAAACCCCACUUGUAAAGAGAAAUACAAUGUAUAAUAUUUUUUUUAGACAGAAUCUGAAGAUGAUGGAAAGAAUUUUGAC